CUCCCUUUAAUUAAAUCAAAUCCCAAACAUUUUGAAAUUGUUCUCGGAAACUGUACCAAGUACCCACCUCUCUUCUCUUAUCCCUUAAUAGACCAUUGCCACCACAAUAAUUCAAAUCUCCGUGCCAUUGUUCCUAACAUUUCUUCUACAAACAAACACAUCAGUUGUGUCUCCUUAGGCUAGGUUGGGGCCACACCACAAAACAUCAUGGGUACUUGUUUCAGUAAGAAGAAAGAGUCUUCUUCUUCUUCAUCUUCUUCUUGUCCUUCUGCUGUUGUUGGUGUUGCUUCAACACCAAAGACAGAUCCAGACGUUACCCAUUUGAGUAAUGACACACGUUGUAAUAAUGACAAUACCCACAAAGCUAAAGUUGAAAAUUCCGAGCUGAAAAUGAAGCUAAAGAAGGAGAAGAAGAUUGUGCAAGAAGAUCAACAAGUGGAAGAAGAUGAAAGCGGAGUAGUGAAGAGAGAGAUUUUUGUCAUCAAGCACCGGAAGAGUCAUGAUGAUAGAGAUCGAAAUACUCGAAGCCCACCUCCUCCUCAACAAGAUUGCGUUGCUUCUACUACUACUUCUAAUGAAGUGGUACCUGAAUCAAUGGCUAACAAGGUUGCAACCAGAGCAGCAGCAUCAAUUGGUGUGGGUGUGAGGACAUCGAGCUGCACAAAAGAAGAGGUGGAUGCCAUUCUCAUUCAGUGUGGUAGGCUUAGCCGAAGCUCUUCCGGCAAGGCUGCUUCCUCAUCAGCUUCUGCUUCUGCUGACCGUGGUAGAAAGUACUCGGGUUCGAAGAGGAGUUACGACUUUGACCGAUGUGAGAACGAGGUUGUUGCUGCUGUUGAUGAUGUCCAAAAGAAAGCCAAUGUCAUUGACGACUUGUGUUUAGAGGACGAAAGAAGAAACCACCACCGUCAACGCCACCGCCAAUCAUCACGGCCAUCUUCUUCUUCUCAAGGGAGGAGAAGAACACCCAGCAGAGAAAGGGAAAAAGACCAGCAACAGAGAUCCAGCAGCAGAGAGAGGCGAGUGAGUCGAUCCCCGGGUAGACGAUCAUCUGAGACAUCCACUCCUGCUAGUACUACCACUGUUGGUGCAACUCACACUUAUGGUAAUGGUACUAAUAGGCCUGGAAAGAUGGUUUCAGUCCCUGCUACUGUUUCAUCCUUGGUGAUGGAUAAGAGCAACAAUGCUGCUCCUGCUGGUGAAUCUGCAACAGGAACUUCUGUCAAGAGGAUUUCAGUCAGGAGGAAUGCUGGAAGCGAUGCUGCGAUGGCAGCUUCAAGGGGAGCUGCAUCUCCUCGGUCUCAGUCCCCAGCAAGAGCAAAUGGUAAGAUUUCCAAUGACAAUCAGCAGCCAUCUCUUAGCCGAAGCUCCUCCAGGAAAGCAGAACACUCUCCUUACAGAAGAAACCCAUUGAGUGAGAUUGAUACCAACUCCCUCGCAUAUCCACAGCCACCCAACAACAACAGCAAGGUGCAAAAUAGAAACAAAAGAGAGACUGAAGAAGGGAUUGUUCUGAAUCAGAAACCAAAUGCUGAGAUAAUAAACAGUAGCAACAACAGAGCUGUUCAUGGGACUAAUAACAAAACGAGCAACAGAGGUGCACUGGACAACCAGGUUGUGACUGUAAAUUGCAUACAGAAGGAACAGCUGGUGGAAGAGGCUAGAGAUCAACAACCAUCAGCCACCGGUCAUGUCACCAUUAAAACUGUGGUGGCCUCAGGUGCUGAAAACCUGAAACCCCAGGCAAUAACAAGAAGCAGGUCCGGCAGGAGAUCCCGAGACCUAGACUUGAAUUCUGAAACUUUGUUGAAUCCUACAUCAUCCUACGCUGCACUGUUGCUUGAAGACAUCCAAAAUUUCCACCAGAAAAGCAACACACCUUCAGUUUCUCUCCCAGCUUGUGUCACCAAAGCCUGCUCCAUCUUGGAAGCAGUUGCUGACCUUAACUCCACUACAAGUUCUAAUUUAUCCUGUGCUUUCUCUGAGGACAGGAAAAGUCCAACAUAUCAAUCUAACAGGGAAGCCUACAAUUUUGCUUUGGGUGCCACUCUUGUUGGGAAGAGAGUAGAAGGUACCAAAGAUCCUUUUGUUGUAGAAUCUGAGGUAGCUGUCACAGAUGAUGUAACGGAGCCAAGCUUUCACAAGUAUGUAACAGUGAGGAGAGGUGGUGCGUUAGUUGGUGCGGCAGAUAUGGAAGACCAAGAAUCCUCAGGCAGCAACAGUUUUGUUGCUGGUGGUCAACAACAGCAUUGGGGUUUAUCUUCUUCAUCCUGGGAACCCAAUUCAGCUGAUUCCACUGAUUGCUGGACUUCAGGAUUAAAUACCAGAGAGGAAGAUCAAAAGAGUCCACUGGGUUUUGAGGGAAGUGGGUUAUCUGAACCAGGCCGCAAUAUGAAUGAAACCAGAAAGAGAUUGAGCGGGAAGAAGAGUGAUUGUGAUCAACAGCGGAGUGGUGGGAUUGGGCGUGGCCGGCUUGGCACCAGUAGAGGCCUGCACUCAACUCCUGUUGUUGCAGCUGCUGCAUCCACAUAAAUAUAAAUAAUGAAUGACUUUUCAAUUUGGUUGUACCUUUGAUUUGAGAAGAGGAUUCUCCAGUUUCUGUUUGGGGUUGCAAACUUGCAACCAAAUUCCUGCACACUAGCUGAACCAAAGUUGUAAUUUCCUUUUUUUUUUCUUCUUCUUUUUUCUUCAUUUGUAACUUUUUAAAGUCAUUCUUCCAUCCAUAACAGAUUUAUCUCUGGCUGUGUUUGUUUCA